AUGGCUAGCUCCAACAAAACCGUCAAAUUUGUCGAAUCCGACCCUUCAGGUCUCCCCUUGAAGCGAAAGCAGGUUCAGCAAGCGUGCGAGUCAUGCCGAAAGCGCAAGAAGCGCUGCAUUCACACAGAGGGCGAUGAAGACGCUGAUGUCUCAAAGAGCCCCGGUUCUCGAACUCGGAACCACGAUGGCACUCCCAACGGCCAAGGGGACCAUGGUCUAACACCGUCCGCGCACUCGUCUAGACGUUUCGUCUGCGACACCAACCCAGAAGGCUUGUUCGCCGAGGCAACAGGCUCGGACGCUCUGGGAAGCAAGAGGGGCAGCCGCUUCCUCGGCGACACGAAUCCCGAAGGCAUGUUUGCAGAGGUGACGCACAGCGACGGUGCCACAAGCACAGCUCGCAAUGACGAGGUCGGUGUUUGGGUAUCUACAAGACACGAUACAUCAGUCGCGCCAGAAUCUGCCAACGUGACGGCGCCACACCCUGCUAUUCCCUACGACGAGAUUCUCCUUCCCUACGUCCAAGAACACUGCUUGACCUGUGUCCCUCCAGAAAGGGAGUACCGCCAGUUGAAGAAAGUCUACACCCGCAAGAUCCAUCCCAUCUACGCCCUCGUACCCGACUCCGCCAUGUCCGACAAUGAUUCUCCAGCCAACAUUGUGCUACGCCAGGUCAUUUCCUUGGCAGCCGCUACUGAUCCCUCUAUGGCGAACUAUUUGAGGUUAAGUAACAAGGGCAGUGAGAAACUGUCAUUCGUAGAGUUCUCGCAGGCUCUCUCCGGUGCUAUUCGCACAACUCUAGCGACGAGCUUGAUCGUCGAUAGGACGGUACACAUUCGGGCUCUUUCCAUGCUGUCGCUCUAUUUCCAGCCGUCCUCUCUCCAGGAGAGCGAAGUCCCCGCCCAAUUCAACGCCGAGGCAAUCCAUCAUUCCCAGACCCUCGGCCUUCACCUGCUGCGCACCGGUGACCCGGCGCUCGAGACGCUCUUCUGCGCCGUAUGGGCGGUCGAUAAAAUCAAUGCGGCUGCUUAUGGUCGGCCGCGACUGCUUCACGAGCGAGACUUUGCGGCCACUUUAGAGGAAUGUUUCAGUCGACAGGAGCCAUGUUUUCGGCUAUACCUGUCUAUGUCGCGAUGGCUUGACAGAACAAUUGAUUUGUAUCGACCUGCAGCGAGCGCUCAUGCUCUCGGCGAUCUCAAACCAUUUGUCGAGCUGCCUGUAUUAGAGCCGAUGAUCGUCGAAGCAAACGCGCUGGAGGUGCCGACCCAUCUCCUCGCCACACUGGAGGUCUUCUAUCACGCCGUCAUUAUUCUAUCAUGUAGGCUGCCACGACCUGGUGCGGAAUCGAAUCAGUCAUCCUACGCCUCAAGCAUCCCUCCAGCAAUGGCCAACGCCCGCCGCUCGCUGGCAUCAGAACGCAUCGCCCACGCCGUAAAGAAGGAGAAGCUAAGCCCCGUCCCGUUUAUACCCUACGCCGUUUCUCUUUCUCUCAGCGUGGAGUACCGCAAGAUGCGCCACUCGGCGUUGCCAAUGUUCCGCGCCCGGUCGCGCGACGCUUUCAAGUCCAGCUGCGAACUUCUGAAGCGGUUCAAGAAUAUAUUCUACUCGGCCAAAGUCACCUACGGCCUGGGCGAGCGCAUGCUUAAGGAGAUGGAGCGUGCCGCCACGACGCUCGUGCAGGAAGCACCGCCGGCGGCGAACGCUUCGGAGAUCUCCAGUGAGCCGACACCCGAGGUCGCCUUCUCGGCUGAUCCGCAGGACUUCGACAUGUCGAUGAACGGCAUGCCGAAUCUGGACUCGAUUGAUUUUAAUAUGGAUGUGUUUGGCCAUUUCGACCCCAGCUUCGAUCUGACGAUGGCGGACAACGCGUUGGAGGGCAACCUCGACAUUGGACUUCCCCUAAAUUGGGGCGAAUGGGCACAAUUCGGCAGCUAA